AGUCAGGCCUGCAGUCACCUGGGUGUUUCAAGUGCUUUCAUUCAUUUGCGGACUGUGGAGCAGGAAUUACUCUUUACACAAUAAAGCGGUGACCUGCUUCAGAGCUGUUUAUCAGUGGAAAUAGAGGGUGUAAACAUGGAGCCCAAAACUGUCGUGAAGGAGAAGUAUUUCAUCGCGACACGAGGGAAGUCGAGGAAAGGCUUCUGCCGGGGAUGUAUCGGGCGUGUGGAGACAGAGACGCAGAGUGGGGAGCUGAUGGGACUCCUGUACUCUGGUGGCAGCAAUGUCGGGAGCCCCAAGAGCGGCGGCAUGGUGCGGAAGGAGGACACGUACCCUCUGACCCGACACCAGGCCCAGCUUCUGCUCUUCGUCUCCUCUUUCAGCAAGCGCCUGGAGCUGCUGUGCAACCCCCAGCUGUUUUCAGCAAUCUGCGAGCUGACUCAGGACGACCUGGUGAUUGUGAAGCAUAAGAAGGGACACCUGCCCGGCCUGGUGAAGAACCUGAUGCAGAUUGGGAGGAAGGACAACAAAGAUGACCUCUACAUGCUUGGCUUUGAGGUGGAAAUGGUGGACAGUGAUCACAACCUGUCAUCCAAGAAACCCACUCCCCUGCCCUUGUUCAGUGCGGCAGACAUCAUCCAGGUGAUUCCGUCUUACUCGGUCCCCCUCGGACUGCACUGGAAGGACGGACAAUGUCUGAACACAAAAGCGGUGACACGCAUCAACUCCAUGCCAAACACAUGUUCCCGUGCACGCCAAGGGAGAGAGAGCCAUAGGGAGUCCAGUGUCAUUCAGAAACACAGUGCGUCUCCUGCGCCUCUGGAGGUGGGAUCCAUGGUGGAGGUGAUGUCCAACUCUAAGAUCACAGUGUACGGAGUCGUCCAGUGGCUGGGAGUCCCUACAGGAAAGACCGGUGAAUGGGCUGGAAUCGAACUGGAGUAUGAGGUGAAUGGCUGCUCUGAUGGGAAAUAUGGAGGCCAAAGAUAUUUCACCUGCAAAGCGAGCCGAGCUUUGUUUGUUCCUGUCACAAAGUGCAGCCCUGAUGGGAGAUUUGUCUACUCCUCCACAGGAAGUGGGACCUCAAAGCCCACUGAAAUACCUCCAGUUCCUCCAUUUGAGGACCCUGAGGAGGACGCACCACCUAUCCCUGAGUCAGAGGCCUUGUCUUUGUUAGAGGGAAGAAUGAAAGGGAUUCAGGGUCAUAUCAACUCCUGUUAUCUUGAUGCCACACUCUUCAGUUUGUUCAGCACGUCUGUGACCCUGGAUCAUAUCUGCAAGAACCCUGCUGACACAGAGCAACCCAUAACCUGCAGUCUGAGGAAAAUAGUCAACCGAUUACGCAGACAAGGAUUUGUGCCAACUGAGAGCGUCAUGAAUUUCCGCAAACAGCUCGGCUGUGACACAUUUCAAACAGAGGAAAAGGACCCGGAGGAGCUCAUCACAGUCCUCUUUCAGAAGGUGCUCAGCACGGAGCCACUUAUCAAGCUCAGAUCGAGGCGAGAAACAUGUCAGGGUGCCUACACCUUGCAGAUCUUUCUAGAAAAAGAGCAGAUGGGACCAAUGCCCACCGUCCAACAGCUGCUUGACACGUCCUGCCUGUCAGGUGACAUCAAGUUUGAUGAGGCCCCAUACUGUCUCAUUGUUCAGAUGCCACGGUUUGGAAACAAGUAUAAGAUGUUUUCUCACAUCAUCCCCUCCACUGAGCUGGAUAUCACAGAUAUUCUAUACAAUUCUCCAAGAGAAUGCUUCGUCUGUGGACAUUUGGCCGAGUACGAGUGUCUUCAGUGUCUACCAGAUCGCAAACUACAGCCAGGAAGAAUCAAACAGUUCUGCACUACCUGCAACACACAGGUGCACAGACAUCACACCCGGCAGGGUCACUCCCCCAGACCUCUACAGGUUCCAGCAAAUGUCGCCCCUGACACUCCCGUGCCCAGACACGUGAUGCAGCUGUUUGCUGUGCUCUGCAUUCAAACCAGCCACUAUGUGUCUUUUGUCAAAUAUGGCCCUGAUCCGCGCUCCUGGCUCUUCUUUGACAGCAUGGCAGACAGAUGCGGUGAUGAUCAAAGUGGCUUCAACAUUCCAGAGAUCCGAGCUUGUCCGGAGCUGGGCGACUUCCUGUCCCAGCCGGAGGAGGAGCUGGCUCGGGCCAACCCCUCCCAGACUCCUGAGCUGACGCGUAGGCUUCUGUGUGACUCCUAUAUGUUUUUAUACCAGCGCCCAGCCACGCCACUUUGAAAACCAAACAAUCAGGAGCCUUGAACGCCAACAAAGAUGAAAACACGCCGUUCUCACAACAGUGCCCCAAUAACCUUGCAUCUCUGCCUAUCAGCAAUAUGUUCUGUUGGUUAAUACGUCCAAAUAGCAGGAACUGAAGUGGAUGUUUAAAACUAAAUGGAAAGAGACAAUAAGUUUGAAAAGGAAAAUAACAUUGACUUUGCUUGCUCUGUGUCAGUUGAUGUUGACUAUGUAAAAGAAAGAAUGAGGGGUGAAUACAUGAACACACUUUGCACUCUUUUCCUCAUCAUUGCCCUCUGUGUCUCUUAAAUGUCUUGCGGUUGUUAUUUAUUCUUUGAGGUUUUUUAAUGAGUUCAUUGUAGCAUCUCAUUUUUGUUGUUGUAUAUAUUCUUGAAUUGUCUGUUACUUGGUACAUUAAAGU